CUUUUUUAGAGAUUUGGCUAAGGAGGAAAAGAGAGAGGGUUGUGUUUUCUGACACUUGAUUAAAGGGAAGCUAUGGCUGGUCACUUCCUAAUGAACAAUUACAAACAUUUAAAGAAGUUCUGCAAAAUCAAGGACCUGCGGCAGCAGCUGCAAAUAUCAAUGCUUAUUUGGAAGAAGCAGGAUAACAUUCCACUUCACAUCGCCGUCACAGGAGAGACUGGCUCUGGUAAAUCCACCUUCGUUAACGCCUUUAGAGGAAUAGACAACACGGAUGAGCAAGCCGCCCCUACUGGUUGUGUAGAAACCACCAUGAAGGUCAAAUCAUACCCCCAUCCACAAUAUCCCAAUGUUACACUGUGGGAUCUUCCUGAUGGCACCCCCAAUUUUCCAGCUGACAAGUACCUGCAGCUUGUUGGCUUUGAAAGAUUUGACUUCUUCAUCAUCAUCAAUGAUCGCUUCAGAGAAAAUGAUGUGAAACUCGCUCUGGAUAUUCAGAAGAUGGGGAAGAAGUUCUACUUUGUUCGCUCAAAGAUUGACCAUAACCUGCAUGACGCAAAAAGAAGUCAGAGAAAUUUCAACGCUGAAGAUACUCUUCAAAAAAUCAGAGACAACUGCAUUUAAAGGUAAGAUGUGCUCUCACCUAAAGCUUAAAACACAAAAGAGCUUAAUAAUGUAGUUUGUUUACAUUUCUAGAAGCUGUAUCUUUAGGAACAAUAGACUGGAAACGGGAGAAAGUGAAAAUGUGCCUUAACUGAAGCAAAAAACAAGAAUAUUCAAAUAAAAACAACCUCUAUGGUCACAGACAUUACAUAAAAGUACAUCAUUUCCUGUUUAUAUCCACACAUUCUUGCCCUUCAGAUUUGCAGGCGGGACAUGCCAUCGGUGUUUGUCUCCCCCUCAACAUGCAAACAUCCUAUUCCCAGAUAAUUAUAAUAAUGGUUAUAGAAUUAUAAUAAUGUUCAUUCCAGAUACAAGAGAGUACUGCGAGAACAGAGAGUUGUAUUUAUGUAAAACGUAAAGGCUUACGCAACAAGGGUCACAAGUAGACACUGGUUCAAUUUAAGGGGACAACAAUAACGUUCCACAUGUGCAGCAUAAGUUGAGAAGGGGAGCUAUCAAUGUUAACAGGUCAUAAAAUGAGUCAUAUGAAUACUGGCUGACAGGGCGGACUGGGGGGAAAAAGUGGCCCGGGAUUAAUUGACAGACAGGCCCACUUAUCGUAUGCAUGUAUCGGCCGGCCGGCGACGAAAGUAUGUUACUUAACAAAAAACCC